UAAAAAAGCAGAUCGGGAUCUAUUAUAAUAUGUUGCAAACUCAGUUACAAAAGCUGACCAGUGGUAAAUAUUUGUGAUUUAAAAAUGUUCACGAUUCAACGAUUGGAUUGAAAUGUAUAAUGUGGAUGUACGAUACAAAGUUGGAUACAGGAUCACAGUUGGACAAUAUAUAGAGUAAACGAACACAGUUGAGCAAGGUUUUGAAUAUAUGAGCAAAAUUGAACAUUGUAUAGGAAAUGUGAGCAAAGUUAAUCAACGUAUAGGAUAUAAGCAAAGUUUAACAAUGUAAAAUAUACACAAACAAAGUUGAACAAUGUAUAGAAUGUAUGAGCAAAGAUGAACAAUGUGUAGGAUAUAAGCAAAGUUGAACAAUGUAUAGAAUAUAGGCAAAGUUGAACAAUGUAUAGGAUAUAAUCAAAGUUGAACAAUGUAUAGGAUAUAAGCAAAGUUGAAUAAUGUAUAGGAUAUACGAACGAAGUUGAACAAUGUAUAGGAUAUGAGCAAAGUUGAACAAUGUAUAGAUAUAAGCAAAGUUGAAUACUGUAUAGGAUAUACAAACAAAGUUGAACAAUGAAUGGGAUAUAACACAACUGCAUAAUUUCUUAAAGGCAGACUCGCGCUGACUGCAGAUGGAGUUGCUUCAGACGUUAGCUCUUGUGAGCACACUUUGGACAAUAGUUGAAGGUAUCCAGUGCUGGCAGUGUAUUGCUGGCAAUUGCUCUGAAGAUCCAACCGGAAACUACAAGGCCACCAAGAAAACAUGCAACUUCGGACAGGCAUGUCAGAAAGUAUACUUUGAAAUGUUAGAGGAAACAGAAAACGCCAACUAUAUUCACAUGUCAACAGUGCGAGGCUGUUCGUCCGAGUGUACCUCACGAGACGACGUUAUAAAUUGUACGUUGCAACAAAGAACAUCACGUGGUUGUGUUCGUAAGGACUGUUGUAGUGAUACUGACCUGUGUAAUAAUGCAGACAUUGUGUGGAUGGAUAUAAAAUUGUAUGUCGUCAUAAUGGCUGGUGUAAUAUUGCCAACAUUGUGAGGAUUGGUGUGUGAUGUUAUGUCACCAAGAUGGCUGGUGUCAAAGUGCAGACAUUGUAAAGUUAGGUUGUUCAUUAUUUGUCACCAUAACAGUGCAAAUAUUAUGCAGAAAUGUGUCAUUGUUUUCCACCAUAAUAGAUGGUAUUAAAUUACAAACACGGCGAAAGGGAUAUGCCAAAAAGGCUAGUGUAAUCUUAUGAGGAUAGGUAUGUAAUUGUUUGUCACAAAAGUAACUAGUGCACUAGUGCCGAUAGGUGUCACAUUGUUUGUGAUCAAGAUGGCUUGUGUAACAGUGUCAUUGCUAGUUUUGUAGCAGGAUGCGUAAUUGUCUAUAAUAGUAAAAACAAUAUCGUUGCAAACAUUGUAAGGACGGGCGUAUUUCAUUUUGUAAUUGUAAUGAUUUUUAGAACAUUGCAAACAUCGUGAGAACGGGUAUGCCGGUUUCUGUUAUUAUAAUGAUUUAUGUAACCUUGCAACAUUUUUACUGUUCAUGAUGAUUCAUGUAUCGUUAAAAUGUUUUGUAAACAGUUGGGACAUUGCAUUGUAUCCUGAUGGUUUGUACAACCGUAUAUAUUUUGUGAGAAAAGGUAAAGUCCGUUCCUCGCUUUUUACCUACAUUCAUUGUAUUUUAAUAUUAUUGUUAAGGUAAAAACAAAGCGGUGUCUCUGGUCCUUUAAAAUGCAUACAUUGUAUUAUUGGGUUGUAGGGGUAUAUUGCUACAUUCAACUGAAGCACGUCUAUAUAUUAUGAUCUGUGACGCUUUUGCCUAAAAUAUAUUUAAAAAAGGCUAUUAGUCAAAGUUCAACUUUGUGAUAUGCGAUUAUGCGACGCUCAUCGGA